UCAAUGUGUGUAGAUAUGGCUUCUGCAAACUUUCUGCUGUCUGAAGAUCAGUUCCUGUGCUCCGUCUGUCUGGAUGUGUUCACUGAUCCAGUCACAACACCAUGUGGACACAACUUCUGCAAAAAGUGCAUCAAUGAUAACUGGAAUACCAACAACCAGAACAUGUGUCCACUGUGUACAAAGGUUUUCUUCUCAAGACCUGAGCUGCUCGUCAACACCUUCAUCUCUGAGAUGGUUUCUCAGUUCAGACAGUCGACUCAGCAGAAAGCCAGCAGCAGCAGCUCAGAGCAACAAGAGUCCAGACCAGGAGAAGUUCCCUGUGACGUCUGCACUGGAACCAAACUGAAGGCCCUGAAGUCCUGCCUGGUGUGUCUGGUCUCCUACUGUGAGACUCACCUGGAGCCUCACCUGACAGCUUCACGCCUGAAGAGACAUCAGCUGAUGGACCCUGUGGAGAACCUGGAAGACAGGAUGUGUCUGAAGCACGAUAAACCUCUGGAGCUGUUCUGUAGGACCGACCAGGCGUGUGUCUGCAUGCUCUGCACUGUGUUGGACCACAAGAUGCACAAUGUUGUUCCUCUGAAACAAGAAUGUGAAGGAAAGAAGGUGGAGCUGCAGAAGACAGAGGCUGAAACUCAGAGAUGAUCCAGAAGAGGCCUGAAGAUUCAGGAGGUCCAACACAACGUGAAGCUCAGUGAGGAAGAUGCAGACCGAGAGAAAGCAGAAGGUGUUCAGGUCUUCACUGGUCUGAAGGAGUCUGUGGAGAGGAAACUGAACGAGCUCAUCACUACGCAUCAGGAGAUGCAGAGAAGCACCACCAAGCAGGCUGAAGACGCCUUCAGACAGAUGGGACAGGAGAUGUCUGAUCUGAUGAAGAGGAGCACUGAGGUGGAAGCUCUCCCUCUGAAGACCACCUCCACCUCCUCCAGGUCAUCACAUGAGGGGACUGUGAGGAGAGCUGUGUCUCAGCUGGAGGAGACGCUCAGUAACAUGAUGAAGACGCUGGUUGAAGUUGAGAUGAAGAGGGUCCAGAAGUUUGCAGUGGACGUGACUCUUGAUCCUGAAACAGCUCAUCAUGACCUCAUCCUGUCUGAUGAUGGGAAACAAGUGAAACAUGCUCAGGUAGAGCAGCCACGUCUCCCCGACAAUCCACAGAGGUUCUCUUCUCGUCUCUGUGUUUUAGGAACACAGAAGUUCUCUUCAGAAAAACUUUAUUAUGAGGUUCAAGUUAAACGAAAGACUGAAUGGGCUUUAGGAGUGGUCAGAGAGUCGGUCAACAGGAAGGGACCCAUCAUACCGAGUCCUCAGAACGGUUACUGGACUAUAUGGUUGAUAAAUGGAAACGAGUAUGAAGCUUUUGAUGAUCCUCCAGUUGUUCUCUCCCUGAAGUCUGGGCCUCAGAAGGUGGGGGUGUUUGUGGACUAUGAGGAGGGUCUGGUCUCCUUCUAUGAUGUAGAAGCUGCAGCUCUCAUCUACUCCUUUACUGGCUGCUCCUUCAAGGAGAAACUCCUCCCAUUCUUCUGUCCUGGUCGUUAUCAUGAUGGUAUAAACUCUGCUCCUCUGAUCAUCUCUCCUGUUGGAGUAAACUAAUCACUCUUUGUUUAUUGUAAUGAUUUUCUUCAUUGAAGAGAAUAAAUGUACAUAUCUUGUCUUAAUAUCAUGCAGUUGAACUUGACAUCUUACUGUUUACUGUGGUGAUUGAUUUACACGUCAUUAUUAAAUGUAUCCCGUUACAUAUAAACACAUUAAUCUCUUAAACUCUGCAUCAUGACACAUUAAAUGUAGAAUUUCAAUUCAAAUCUUUGUUAAAUCUAAGACAUUUAUUUCUACGUCCAGAAGAAAGAUCCAGAAAAGUAAAGCCUGGUUGACAGAAGUUGUUUCAUGACAAAUAAAUUGUAUUCUGUGACUUUCAUAAUAAAAGAUGUUUACAAGCAAAACAAGACUUUUUAAAAUAAAUAUUAUUUUUACAGUUCUUACAAGUCCAUCUGAAACCAUGAGUCAAUUGACAGAAAAUGAAAUGGAAACUAUUUGUAAUGGUUUAAUAAAUGUUACCUGUAAAAACA